AUGAUUGACUCGAGUUUGGUCGCCGAAACAGGUACAAAUUUGUGUUUUAUAUAUGCGAUUUUGAGUUUUUACUGUGUAAUUUGUUGGUUUUAAGGGAAAAAGAAUGUUUAAUGUUUGAUAGUAGUGAUAACAUCAUUUAGGGUUGUUUAUUGCGGCAAAAGGUGAAGUUGUUUAUCAAAAAAUCUAUUUUUGAACUAAAACUUGUCGAAGAAGUAAUUAAAAACCUCUUUUUUAAAGUUUCUGUACCAAAAUUUUAAAGAACUGUAAAAUAAAGUGUAAAGUACAAAUAGGCGUAAAGCUUUUUAAAAGCUUAUUACAUUAAUCUACUGGUCACAAAUUUAACCACAGUUUGCAGCCGCCGAUCAAGUAGCAGAACAAAAGACAGGUCAUGUUGAGAAGCCGACCGUGACUGAAGCUCCCGAAUUCGUUGAAGUUACGGAUUCGUUUUUGUCAUUUUUGAAAGUUACAAAGGCUAUCACCGACCGACUAUGGCUAGUUUUGGCAUUCCUGAUCCUGUUGGUCGUCAUAUUCGCCGUCACACAACGAUCAGAUCGGCCGCAGGCUAUGUAAGUGACGUUUUUAAUUAAAGGUCUGGUUAUGGUUUUAAAUAAAAAUGAUUCAUAUGGAGUACUAAAGGCUGUGAAUCAUUAUACUAGCUUUUGGUAACUUGACUAACGUCAGUUUUUUUAUUUUUUCAAAGAUAAAAGUACAAAAAUGAUAUGAAAUGACAUUUUGACUAACAAAAAAAUAAUUAAAAGUCAUUAGGGGUUCAAAAACAAGGACAUUCUAUGAACUUUUUGACAAAAGUAAAGUGAUUAUAGAUAGUUUUUGAUAUAUGCAAUUGGUGAAAUACUAAAAAGUUUAAACAUUGUCGUUUUUAUGAAGUGUAAUUUGAAAUUAUUCCGUAAUUUAGGUGGUUAUCGCGUCUGGUUCUUUUGUUUUUGGCUUUUAUCGUAAUCGCAGCCUUAUCAGUUCCGCUGAUAUUACUCAACCCGAGAAACACACGGUACAUCAUAUUUCAAAACUUUGGUAAGUUAAGUUUACUUUUUUGUUUCUAAAUUUAGAAAAUGAACCUUGAGGCUAUUUAUGGAGCUAAAGUCUUUUUUUUUCAUUUUUAAAAAGUAUUUUUAUUAGAACAUUAAAAAAACCUUGUUUUGUCAUAAAAUAUUGAAUAGAAGUUAAAAAAUGUUUCACAUUACAGUAAGAAAACCCCCAGAACACUUUGAGGACGCGGCCAAAUUCGGUGUGAAAUCCCUGACCAAGAACUUCUACAUAUCUUCACCAUGCCCCCACGUAUCCCCAGCCCCCGUCCUCGGAAUGUGGCACGUUUUACCGCACGAAUUAAGCGAAAAGUACAAGAAGUCCAACAGCAAUGACGACAUAUUCGACUGGUCGAACGACGAAUACCCCAUUGUAGUCUACUUUCACGGUACGAACGAGCACCGUGCUAAACAACAUCGCUGCAUGAUGUACAACUUUCUGAGCAAACUGAACUAUCACGUCAUCGUGGGCGACUACCGAGGCUACGGAGAUUCGACGGGCAUUGCUACGGAGAAGGGCGUCAUCAGGGAUGCGGUCAACAUGUACUUGUUCGUGGUCGAACAUACUCAACAGAAUCAGAAACGAAAAAUCAUAGUUUGGGGACAUUCUUUGGGUGAGUUAUGUUGUAGUAGGUGAUAAUUUAGCAUAAUAUAACAUGUUAUACUUCUUAUGCUUUUAAAAACACGAAAUAUAAUCAGUGACAUUAUUUUAGGUACUGGCAUAUCAUGUAUGUUUGUAAAUCAACUGAACUCUCUAAAUUUGAAGCCGUACUGUCUCGUACUGGAGUCACCGUUCUCAGCACUGCACGAUGUAUUUAUAUCCAGAAACGUAAUGAAGGCCUUUCUAUGGAUACCGUACUUCCGAGAAUACGUCGCGUUUUGUUUUGAGUGUGCCGAGAUCUCAAUGGAAACACAUAAACAUAUCACCGAGUAGGUUGUUUAGGUAUACAUUACUAAGCUUUGCAACAUUUUGGAGCAUUUAUUAGGUUUUUUCACCUGUUAUGUAUGUUACAUUAUCCAUGCCCAUUUCAGUAUAAAAUGCCCGAUCUUAAUGCUUCACGCUGACGACGAUCCCAUCGUUCCAAUACGUUUCGGCCGCAAGCUAUACGACCAUGUUAAACACGGCCCCAACCUGGUGGAUAUAGUCACAUUCGAAGCGAAAUUAAAACUCAAACAUAACCACAUGUACAGAGCUCCACACCUCUCCCAAGUGAUACGGUAAGUGCUACAGUAACCCGGCUGACCCUUAUUUUCAGAGACUUUUUCGCCAAAGUCGACAAACAACACGUGUAG